UUGAAAACGCAGGGUUGGCAAUGGCUUUUCAAGGGUCUUUCUUGCUAAGCCUAUUUCUAUUAUUAGCCAACAUCUUGGUUUUAAUAGAACUCUCAUUAGCUGGGAAUGUGCCAAGCCAUGAAAUUUCACUUCCAUUCAACCGCACCAUUUUCCCAUCUGAAUUCAUAUUUGGGGCUUCCUCUUCCACCUAUCAGUAUGAAGGAGCUUGGAAUGAGGAUGGUAAAGGCCCCAGUAUAUGUGAUACAUUUACGCACACGCAUCCUGAAAAAAUAUUGGAUCACAGCAAUGGAGAUGUAGCUCUUGACUUUUAUCAUCGUUACAAGGAUGACCUUAAACUAGCAAAAUUUGAAGGACUGGAUGCCUUUAGGUUUUCUAUCUCCUGGACAAGAAUUCUACCACAUGGGAAGCUAAGUAAAGGAAUAAAUCAAGCUGGUAUCGACCACUACAACAGUCUCAUCAAUGAGAUUGUAGCCCUUGGUAUCAAACCUUUGGCUACACUUUUCCAUUGGGAUGUGCCUCAAGCACUAGAAGACGACUACCUUGGUUUUCUCAGCCCUAAGAUUGUGGAAGAUUUCCUAGAUUUCGUGGAGAUUUGCUUUAAAAAUUUUGGAGAUAGGGUGAAGCUGUGGUCAACCGUGAACGAGCCAUGGAUAUUUUCAGUGAAUGGUUACGAUAGUGGGACGUUGGCACCCGGCCGGUGUUCUGUUUGGAGGAACAAUAACUGUUCUGCUGGAAAUUCUGCCACCGAACCUUAUAUAGUUAGCCACAAUAUCCUUCUUGCUCAUGCAGCUGCUGCUAAACUCUAUAGGCAGAAAUACAAGCCAACUCAAAAAGGGGAAAUCGGAAUUAUUCUAGUGUCUCACUGGUUCGAGCCUUUCUCCAACAAACCGGAGGACAUUAGAGCAUCUAGACGAGCACUUGAUUUUAUGCUUGGAUGGUUAUUACACCCUUUGACUUAUGGAGAUUAUCCCAUAACCAUGAAGGGACUUGUCGGAAAGCGCUUACCAAAAUUUACCCCUAAUGAAUCUGAAUUGGUAAAAGGGUCCUUUGAUUUCCUUGGAAUGAACUAUUACACCUCAAAUUUUGCAGCCCACACAUCUAGUCCACUUAAUACUGCCAAUGUCAGCUUCACAACUGAUAAUCAAGUUAAUCAGACGACUUCACGAAAUGGACAACUUGUUGGUGAUCCGACGGGUGUGAGUAUUUUCUUUGUUGCACCAAGGGGACUCUAUAAGCUUCUUCUUUACAUAAAGAAACAUUACAAGAAUCCCAAAAUUUAUAUCACUGAGUGCGGAAUGGGUGAGUCCAAUAUUACCAAAGUUGAAGAGGGUGUGAAUGAUAUCCAGAGAGUUGAUUUCUAUAAACGCCACAUCAAGGCUCUUUACAGAGCUUUUAAAGAGGGGGUGAACGUUCACGGUUUCUUUGCAUGGUCAUUUUUCGACAACUUUGAAUGGGGUUCAGGAUACACCCAGAGGUUUGGCAUAAACUUUAUAGACUACAAGAAUAAUCUCAAAAGAUACCCCAAACGAUCUGCUCUUUGGAUGAAGAGAUUCCUUCUCAAGUAGAAUGUGUUGAAUGUAUCAAAUAAAAGUUCAGUAACUGAAGUGCUUCAAGCGUAACACUACUAGAAAUAAGGCCUAUGGCAACCCUUCUAAAACCGUUCCAAUAAAUUCACUAACCGACGCUGUAGAUCUACUGAGACGGUUAAGCAGUCGUUCCCGGAUUUGCUGUUACCAUAAGUCUAUUAGAACGGUUAUGUGGAACGGUUACAAAACCGUCCCCAUAUAUUGAUAUUGUAACGGUUAUGAAACCGUUACAUCAAUCUGUGGAACGGUUUUGUAUUUUGUUGGGACGGUUAUAAACCGUUCCAAUAUAAGUGUGCCAACGAUAUUUUACGACUAUCGCAACGGUUUUUAUAAUAUAUUGUAACGGUUUUUGUGAUCUAUUGCAACAGUUAUUAGGGGCUUCUAUUAUUUUUUUGCUAAGUCUAUUGCAACGGUUAUAUUGUCUAUUGCAACAGUUAUAUUGCC